UUGACGUCAUGAUCACAUUGUGACUGUAUUUGUAAUGUCCAGGCACAGCAGCCUCUCAGACAUAUAAGGUAAGCACUGCUGGGCAGGUUAAACUUUUUUGCAGAGGUUGAUAAUAUCUGACGACAAACUUACAUCAAGAUGGGGAACAUGCAUUGCCCUGCUGAGGAUGCAUCCCACCUGGCUUCUCUUGCUCGAGACGUCUGCCCUUUCCCAAACUACAACCCCAAUCCUCUCUUUGUCAAUAUGCUGUCUCCCAACUCUUCUCUUCACCUGAGGAAACACUAUAUGGAGGUGCAGUCCUCCCUGACCCCCAUGCAGCUAGAGGACUUCACCCAGGGCCUGAGGAGAACUUUUGGCAAGGAGGGCAAGGUCACUCUUGGCGGAGUGGGGGUAGUGGCUCUGUCCCUGGCUGUGCUGUUUGACACACUUGCUAAACAGGCAAAAGGAGAAUGCUUGUCAGACUCAGGGCCCAUUCCAGGUUUAUUCAUCAAAAACCAGAGAGGGUACUACCCUCCACAUGUCUACACAAUCAGUGAGUACCUGAGGCUGGUACCCCAUAUUGCAAACAACCCCACAAUGAUGAGAGAGGAGACAGAGAGGUACUUCAAACAGUUAGGACUUGAUGACCAGUCUUUGGCCAAACUGGGAGAAAACCAUACAGUACCAUUAGAAGAAGACACAACAACCAUAAAUCUGAUGCUGGGACAGUUUUUUUUGGGCCAUCUGAAUCUUCACCUCGUCCGCAUUAAAAACGGUACAAGUAAUGAGUUGAUCCAAGUUGAGUCAAGACCAAUUGUGAAUCCGAUCAUUAAUUUGAACUGUAACCGAGAGAUAGCUGAGAAAGAUUUUCUAGCUGUAGUACAAAAAUCUGACAGCUACACCCAAGAAGCUUUUAAAAGAUGCACAAAUGAAGGUGAUAUGAGCAUGACAUGGCUGUACUUUGUUGCCAAGUUAGAAUUUGUAGAUGUCAUGUUCCUCCCCCUAACUUCAAUUGGUAAUAUUACUGCCGAUUCAAUGAUUGCUCAAAGAGAAGAUUUUGCCCUGAAGGCUGAUGCACUUGGAAAAUGGGACAAGUAAUUCACUGGCCAGUUUUCCACAUACAAAAUCAAGAUCAGAUAUAUUAAGGGCAACAUGAAACUAGAAACACAUAAAACUGGACAUGGGUGUGAUCAGUAUUUUAUGAUGUGUUUUUUUUUUAGGCCAUUUUGUGUUUAGAACUUUUGUUAAUAAUUGCCACUUUGAUGAAUUUGUAUGUUCUGAGUCACAGUGUUGCUCCAGCUACUAUCUCAGUGUCAUGUGUU